CUUCUCCUCAGCAACGACUGGCACUAAGCCUAAAACGGGAAGAGAACAAUAAGCUACCUCCGCGGUAUGCCAGUGCCGCUGCAGCUGUCUCUUUCGCAUCAACGCAAUCGAUAACCUCCCAGCGUCCCUCACAUUAGCGGGCAGCUAGCCCACCGACCAUCAUCGAAAGUCUCCUCCUACUAGUGAAGCGCACUGAAGCCGCCAUGUUUCCGCCUCCCUCCCCGGUCGCUGCGACCGGUGACCAACAGCAAUGGAUGCCCCGAGUGGCAACCAGAACCCGCACCGUCGCUCAGAGAAAAGUGUACGGAAAGAGGAGGGCAGAUGCCCCGAGGGCUGUGCUCGAUCAGCGAAGCCCCGCCAAGGCUCCGGAGUGGCUGGACCCCAAGCAGCACGAGAAAGAGAGCGGCGAGGAUGCGGUGGAGGGUGUGCGGGUGAAACUAGCGGAGGUGGCGAUCGAGGAGAAGAGCACGCUUAUGGAUCUGACGAGGAAGGGGAAAGCUGAAAAGACGAGGAAGAAGACCUCAGAGGACAGACCUGAGGUCGUGCAGUCAGUUGAAGAGAAGGAGGUGAAGCCUACAUCUGCUGGGGAUCGGUCCGGCCGAACUUCGAAACCACAAGAUGAGCCGGAAACCGCGCAAGUCCAAUCGAAGGGCACCGGCACACCGGAAAAAAAUACCCGACAAACAGCGAAGCCACGGUACGACAUGAUGGUGGAAGUCCGAGUCAGUCAUAAGAUCCCGGCAGAGCGAACCCUACGACGGAACAAGACGUGCGAAGUUCCCGCAGAAUCUGAGACGAGGGCAUCACGAAGGAACAAGGACAAGCCAGUGGCUCGGGUGUCAACUGGCUGUGUUACGGAUGAGAAGGCCAAUGAAUAUGUUCGCCCGAUCUUGAAUGAAGCGCUGUCCGCGGCUGCGGCGCAGAGUGUCCAGAAGUUUGCCUCGUGGGCUGGCCGGGCGGGGAACCUGUUAGAGGUGGUCAAGAUUGCUGAAGGGUCAUAUGGAGAGGUCUACAAGCUUCGAUUACGGGAGGAGGUGUGCAAGAAGGAGAUGUCCAGGUCCAAGCUCGCCCGCCUGAAGGCCUAUGGCGACGGAGUCUUCAAGGUUGUGCCUCUGCGGGCUCAGAGUGGGCCAGGCUCGAAGAAAUUUACCAGCAUUGACGAGAUCGUGUCCGAAGUCAAGAUGCUCAAGUAUCUGGAUCCGAUCCCCGGAUUCGCUCGCUUUAGAGAAAUCCACGUGGUUCAGGGCCGGUUCCCCGAUUCGUUCCAGAGAGCCUGGGACCACUACAAGAAUACCAAGGAUGACUGCUGGAAUCCGAACCCAUCCAGUAAAAGGGCCUAUCCCGACUUGCAGUUGUGGGCCAUUGUGGAAAUGGAUGAUGCUGGCUGCGAACUGGAGAAGUUCGCGUGGACUUCUAUCUUCCAGAUUUACGAUAUCUUCUGGGGAGUGGCAAUGGCGCUUGCUCGGGCGGAGGAAUACGCAUUGUUCGAGCACCGCGACCUACAUUUAGGCAACGUCUGUAUUCGAAGUACUCGGCCAGGGGGGUGCAUGGAUCCACCCACAAACAAGGAGAUCAUGGAUCAGUCGUACAAAAGCGGCUUCGGACUCAGCUCCCUCGAGACGACCAUCAUCGACUAUUCUUUGUCUCGCGCACAAUUGCACCUCAGCGAGGCGGCCGAGGAAUAUGAGAUCGCCUCGUCAGAUCUCGACAAGAAACAAAUCUUCGAUGCAAUCGGACGGGAUGAAGAUGAGAUCAUGCUCAGAAACACAUACCGAUACAUGCGCGCCCAGCUCUAUCACGGUGAUCCCCUCAAGUCCGAAAAAUGCCCCGACAUCACGGGUAUCUGGGCCGAGUACGCCCCUCGAACCAACCUCGUCUGGCUCCUCUUUCUCCUCCAGUCCCUCCUCAAGAACAGAAAACCCGAGAUCCCCUCGCUCCCAGCACCCCGUCAACCCCUGGCCCCAUGCUCACCCAACAAAGGCCUCAAACCGACCGCCACAUCCAAGAAGAACACCUUAAAACCACAAAUGCCGCCGACGGUGACCCCUGUUCACGCUGAUAGUGUCUCAGACCUGAAACAGACGCUCGAGAAGAGACUGACCGCCGUGCUGGAGCUGCUCGACCUCGAACACGGACAUGAAGACAUGUGCUGUGCUGCGGAUCUGGUCGCCUACGCGAUUGACUCGCAGUGGCUGGAUGAGCAGGACUUUUUCUGAUUUCUGGUUUUGCUUCUUCAUUGUUCCGCUUUGCGAGGGCGCCGGAGGUUUUCUUUUUACGGUUUUGUUUCCUUCUGCAUGAUAACAUAUAGAUGGCGGGGGCGUUACGAGCGGCAUCAGUUCUUUGGGUUAGAAUAUACCACUUGGCAUCGCUGAACCAAUCAUGCGGUUUGGAUGGAACUAUAAGUAUGAGACGUGAGAUCUAAAAGGGUCAAGGCUUGGCUUUGCAGGAUUGAGUAACUGGAUCUAGCUGUUUUG